GUUAAAACACCAAGACUGUAGUAACACUUGCUGGACGUGUUUAGUAAUAUUUCACGAAAAUGUCGAUCCCAACCAUUGAUUUUGCACCCUUUUUGAAUGAGGAAGGCGCUGUGAUCGGCACGGAGCCAACAUCUGAGCAAGUCGCAGUAGCCAAGCAAAUGGAUGAAGUAUGCCGGAACCACGGAUUUCUACAUAUUAUAAAUUUCGGCUUGUCGGACGGCUUGCGCUCUCAGGCUUUCCAAUCUUCCAAAGAGCUUUUUGAUCUGAGCGAAGAUUUCAAAAAAACCCAUCUGCGACGAAUCAAUCCGAAAGACAAUAUGGGAUUUGCCCCAGUAUUGUCGGAGUCCAUUAAUCGGUCGCGGCCCAAUGAACUCAAAGAAGCCUUUAAUCUAAGUUUUCCUCCAAAGAGACAAAACGACCUGUCGGGAUGCCCCGACUCGUUCGUGGAAGUUACUGAAAAACUACAAGCAAAAUACAGGGACCUUGCUCGACGGUACGCCAUAGCCUGUGCUUUGGCGUUGAGCUUGCCUUUGGAUUUCUUUGCAAACGCCCUGGUGGACCUGGAUUUGUGUACAAUUCGGUUUUUGCACUAUCCUGCAUGUGAGCUGGAUGAUACUUCUGCUGAGUCGACCGAUCGUCCAAUUCGCAUUGGCGAGCAUACAGAUUUCGGAGCUUUUACUUUUUUGUUGCUGGGCGAGAACGGUGUCGAAGGGCUCCAGAUCAAACCAGUGGAAGGCGGCGAAGCUGGCGGACAGGCAGGAGGCGAGAAUGAGGGCUGGAUCGACGUGGUCUUGCCGAAUGACGGCCCGCAGGGCGCCAUUGUCAAUACCGGGGCUCUAAUGGCGAGAUGGACCAACGAUGUUUGGCGAGCUACUGCACAUCGAGUUAUUGUCGCCAACGCGGAAAUGGCGGCGCGCGAACGUUUUUCAAUUGCCUUUUUUGUCGACCCCGAUAGCAAUUCUAUCGUCAAAGUGCACGACACAUUCACGAAGCACGGGUCGUUGCCAAAGUACGAGCCUAUCACGAGUAGUGACUACUUGUCAAUGAAACUCCAGGAAAUGAUGAAAACAUGA